GAUUGGGAACUAAUUUCAAUAACAAAUAAAACUUCAGUUCUCCAGAAAGAGAGUCAAGAAUUACUCUUGGAAAACAGAAAAAUGAAACAGCAGUUGGAAAUGCAAGACAAGACCAUUUCAUGGUUAAACGUUUCUUACAAUGUUCUACAGGAAGAAAUUCAGCAAAUUAAAAAUAGAGAACAGGAUGUCAGAAAUAAAACCAAAGAAUUGUCCACACAUAAUGAAUUGGUUAGAGAACAACGAAAUGACGUAAGAAAUACUCUAAGAGAACUCAAAGGUUCCUUAUAUAAGGGACGGUUUCAGAAGAUGGAAAAUACUUUUAGUGACUACUCAAUAUCAAUCAAUAAGACCCUGGAUGGUUUACUUGAGGAUCAUAGAGUUCUUAAUCAGCAGGUUUUGAACGUUUCCUCUUCUCUAUCCAAUGUUGAAUUAAUAUUGCACUCGAAAUCAUGCUACGAUGUCCUUGAACAAAACCAAUCAUUGAAAGGAAAAGAUGGCGUUUAUGAGAUUUUUAUUAAUGCUGACAUCACUUCCGUCUUUUGUGACAUGACUACAGAUGGAGGAGGAUGGUCGGUUAUACAGAAAAGAAUAGAUGGAUCUACUGAUUUCUAUCGAACUUGGCAAGAGUAUAGAAAAGGCUUUGGGGAUCCAAAGAACAAUUACUGGAUUGGGAAUGAUGUAAUCCAUGCUUUAACGAAAGAUCAGGACCAGGAACUGCGAGUAGAUCUCCAGAGAUUUAAUGGAGACACAGCAUAUGCUAAAUUUUCCACGUUUUAUAUCGGAAACGAGGCUGAUAAAUACCGACUCACAGUAUCCGGGUAUACAGGAACUGCAGGUGAUAGUUUAACUUAUGAUCACAAUGGAAUGAAAUUUUCAACAAAGGACCAGAACAACGACAAAAUGAGUUACGGUAACUGUGCUACAGACAGACACGGAGCCUGGUGGUACAACAACUGUUACCUAUCACACCUUAAUGGACAGUACGGACAUUCUGGUGUGUCUGGUAAUCAAUACGCGUUUUGGCGGUCCUGGAAAGGAAAGGAAGCAUUAAAGCAGACUGUGAUGAUGAUCAGAUACAAAAACUGAAUAAGACUGUGAUCAAUCAUAACGAUUGCUAAUCAUUGUCAUUUUGUCUGUUUAUAAAGCAACAUAUAGUACAUGUAUCAUCAACACGCUUUGAUUACAUAUUGUUUUGUUCAAGGUGUUCCUUUUAUAAAAAACAUAAAUAUAUCAAAAUGAAAGACUUAUCCAAGAAGA